GGUAGACUUCAGCGCGUUCAGAAGAACUUCAAGAACUUGCGCACGACCUGGGCUACUCUUUCAGGAUUCAAACUCAUUCUGAACAUAAUGAAGCCUGUUUUUAACCUCGUACUCAUUGCAUGCGUUUUACAUUUUACAUUAUCGACAGUACAUAAUGGACCUGUACUCCACACCAAACUGGGAGUCCUUAGGGGGGACUACAUGCGUGUUAGCGGAAAGACAACAGUGGUUCAUGCCUACCUGGGUGUGCUUUUUGCCAAGCCACCAGUGGGAAACCUAAGACUGGCUCCACCACAACCUUUGCAAGGAUGGGAAGGCGUCAGAGAUGCCACCCAAUUGCCUCCCAUGUGUGUACAAGACAAAGGUAUAUCUGAUUACCUGAUGGAGAUGGCCGGCAUGGUCAUGGAUCCACUUGAGGUGUCCGAGGACUGCCUAUAUGUCAAUGUCUACACUCCUGCUCAGCCUGCCAAAGAUGCAAAGUUACCUGUGAUGGUGUGGAUACAUGGAGGAGGGUUUAGUUUGGGGUGUGCCUCCAUUUAUGAUGGAUCUGUCCUGGCAGCGUAUCAGAAUGUGGUUGUAGUGUCCAUUCAGUACAGGCUGGGCAUGCUGGGAUUUUUCAGCACAGGAGAUGAUAACGCCCCGGGAAACCUGGGCCUUUUGGACCAGGUAGCGGCACUGGGGUGGGUCCAAAAGAACAUCCACAGCUUUGGGGGAGACCCAUCUUCCGUCACAAUAUUUGGAGAGUCCGCAGGGGGUGUUAGCGUGUCAUUGCUGGUUCUUUCCCCGCUAAGCACCGGCCUUUUCCACCGUGCCAUAGCAGAGAGUGGCACAGCAGACCUCGUUGGCCUCAUCAACACUGAUCCUCUGACCACAGCAAAGAUUGUGGCCAACGCAACAAACUGUGAGGGCGCCAAACCAGACCAGAUUGUGGAUUGUGUGAUGCGGAUGUCAGUGGAGGACAUUGUGAAGUUUUCACAGGAGCAUCCAAUGGCGCGCUUUCAAGUGGUGUAUGAUGGCUUUUUCCUACAAAAGGCAGUGCCAGACCUUCUUAAGUCUCAUGAGUUCCAAAAGGUGCCAUUAAUGAAUGGUGUUAACAACCAUGAAUGUGGCUGGAUGCUGCCUAGUUUUAUGGCACCGCCAGACUGGGUAGAAGGGAUGGAUCGUGACUCAGUCAAACCCAUUGUCGACCUCCUCUACCCUAAUCCAGACAGCGAAAUCAGCACGGCCUUGAUUAUGAACGAGUACCUGGGGAAUGGAGAAGACCCUAUCAAAAACAGAGAUGGUGUUACAGAGUUCUGUGGAGACAUUCUCUUCACCAUCCCUGCAAUCACCAUAUCAAAUGCUCACCGAGAUUCAGGAGCACCAGUUUUUGCCUAUGAGUUCCAGCACCCGCCCAGCAUGUUUGUGAAGAAACGUGCCAGCUUUGUGGGAGCGGACCACGGAGAUGAGAUCGUCUUUGUAUUUGGAGGCUGCUUUUAUAACGGCCUCCUCAAGAUGAAUGGCUCUUUUACCGAGGAGGAUGAUGAGCUGUGUAGAACGACGAUGGCAUACUGGGGAAACUUUGCACGCACCGGAUCCCCCAACGGGCCUGGUUUAACCCAUUGGCCAGCAUACGGUGCCGGGGAGGAGUAUCUGGGCAUCGGGGUGAAGCAACAGGUGGGAUACCAGCUGAAGGCUGACCGCUACGCCUUCAUGACCCGAACACUGCCAGAGAAGAUCCAGGAGAUGAAACAGCACCAGCAGCGCACUGAGCUCUAGAGGGACCAACUACCCAUCUGCCUCUGAUCCAAUCCCACUCGUUUGGGCCACACCACUCGUUAUGGCACUGAUCCAAUCCCACUCGUUUGGGCCACUUGUUAUCGCACUGAUCCAAUCACACUCGUUUGGGCCACACCACUCGUUAUGGCACUGAUCCAAUCCCACUCAUUUCAGCCACACCACUUGUUAUGGCAGCAGAUCCAGUGUCUGCAGCAUUCCAGAAGCACUUAUAUAAUGGACUCCUGAAAAACUUGAAUUCAAUAAAAAUAAAUCUUUAUCUAUGAAAAUUGUAAAUCCAGUUUCCAGAAUCAAAAGCAAUAAACAAAGGUUUCAUAUUGUCA